AUGCCUCGCUACCGCUCUCCCUCCCGCACCCCGUCCCCGUCCCGCUCGCCCUCGCGGGGCAGGACACCCUCCAGGGCGCGCUCGUCGUCCAGGUCAUACUCCCGCUCGCCCACGCGGUCGACGCGCUCCCGCCGCACGGACGCCAGCACCACCACGUCGUCGCGGCGCCGGGGAGGGGGAGGCGGGGGAGGCCCGCUGUCGCACAUCCUCGACACGUCGGCGAGCACCAAGUCCGAGAAGGCCGAGAACAUCGCCAAGACGUCGCUGGUCAUGCUGGGCGCCAUCGGGGCCGCCACCCUCGCCGCGCACAAGUUCUGGCCCAAGGGCGUCACGUACGGCGACAAGGAGGACUGGGAGCACGAGGACAAGGAGAAGGGGAAGAAGGAGAAGGUCAAGGAUAAGGCCAAGGACGUCAAGGCUGCUAUUACGGGGGAGCCGAGGAGGGACGAGCGGGGUGGGAAUGGGAACGGCAGCGGGAGUGGAAGUGGGAGCGGUGCUAGGGACGACGAGAGGCGGGACGGAGGGCGAGGUGGCGGCUCGGGUGGCAGGGGAGGACGCGACAGGGACAACGACCGCGACCGGAGCCGUGAGCGCCGCGAGCGCUACCUCGAAGAAAGGGAACGCUACGGCCGGCCCAACCUAGCGAAAGACCGCAGCGACCCACGACGUCUCGCCCUGCCAGCCGCCGCAGCAGCAGGAGCAGCAUACCAGGAGGACCGGAGGAGGAGAAGGAGGGACGAGGACGACGCGCCGCCACUCCACCGCCGCCGCCCGGCCCUGGCCCUGGCCCUGGACCCCGCGACCGGGACCGGGACCGGCGUCCCACAACAACAACAACAACCACCGCCACCGCCACCACCCCAGACUUACCCGGCGACGAUGCGCCGCGUCGAGCAGCAGUACACGUCCAACGCGCCGCCUCCCCCGCCCCCGCCGGCGCCGGCACCGCCGUCCGUGGUCAGCUACUCGAGGACCGACGCCGCGGCGCCCGUGAUAGUCUCGACGGGCGGGGUCAGGGCGCCGCGGGACCCGGUGGAUGUUGGGCGGGAGCGGUACUACGUCGACCGGGACAUGAUUGUGAUCCCAUCCCGCGGCGAGACCGAAUAUGUAGUCAACAGGGCGGCGCCGCCGGGGAGGAGGCUGACUGUCGAGAAGGAUGGGCGGAUCUACCGGUGA